AUGGCUCAACAGCCCGUAGGACCAAUUACAACCUCCGGCCCCGGAAACAUCUACCUCCGCCCCGAACUCAAAAACAUCAAAAUCAUAGGCGUAGAAGAACACGUCCUAUUCCCAGACAUCACAAAAGACAUCCCCAACUCCGGAGCAGCCGGCCACGCCAAAGCAACAUUAGCCAAGCUCCUCGACCACGAGGCCCUCGUGUACGCUCGCGGACGUACCACCGACGUUGCCUACCAAAGACUCCAAGACAUGGACGAAGGAGGCAUCGCCAUGCAAGUUCUCAGUUUUGGAAGCGCAGUGAACACAACUCAUGCAGACGCGGAAACAGGUCUCCGAAUGGCCCGCCAGAUCAACGACCGAUUAAAGCAAGCUGUUGAUGCGAAUCCCACACGUUUUCGAGCUUUGGCGGAACUACCGGCCCAUGAGCCGCAACUAGCUGUUCAAGAACUGCGACGCUGCGUCAAUGAGCUGGGCUUUGUGGGCGCCAUGAUUGCGGGAUCUAUCGGCGGGACAGGCAAAUUCCUCGACAGCCCUGAAUAUGAUCCGCUACUGGCUGAGUUUGAAGCACUCGAUGUGCCGCUCUACUUGCAUCCUGGAAUUACGCCAGAGGCAGUUCAAUCUGUGUACUAUGACAUUCCUGGAAAACCAGCCGCUUCAGCUGCCAUGGGAGCAAUGGCGUGGGGAUGGCACAACGAAGUGGCCAUUCAUGUUCUCCGACUCGCUGUGUCUGGAGCCCUGGAGAAGCAUCCCGGUCUGAAGAUUGUAGUUGGCCAUCAGGGUGAAAUGAUGCCCAUGAUGAUGCAGCGGUUUGACGGGACGCUGGACCUCAAGACGACGGGGUUAAAGAGGAGUGUUGGCGAGACGUUGCGUGGGCAAGUCUGGGUGGCAAUCUCGGGCAUGUUUUCUCUGCCGGUGACGCAGAUUGCCAUUCAGACCUGGGGCGUGGAUAGGGUUCUUUUUGCGAAUGAUUAUCCGUUUGUGGAUGCGCAGAGGGUGCCGGACUUUGUGAGGGCUUUGAAUGAUGUUGUUGGGCCGAGUGAUAUGAAGAAGAUAUUGCAGACGAAUACGGAGAUGUUAUUUAAAUUUAGGGCUUGA